GUCCAGGCCUACGUCCUGGGGACGAGGUCAGGAUGGCACCAUAUCCUGGUAACUAGACAUUGUCCCCUGGAGUCGUCACUCAGCAACGCAGUUCUCCACGGUCAUACAAGGGCAAGCUGUUUCGACGCAAUAUGCAACAUCUCCGCAGCACCACUCAAACUGCCUGGCACGAUCUGCCUGAUGAGCCCUCGCACGAACCAGCAGCUGAGGAGUCACGAUCAUCAGCAGGCCUACCAGCAUCUCCUCCGUCACCCACAGAGCCCAGUGACCAGAGGCCUAUGACAGUUGGGAUAGGCUCCAGUCCCCCGCAACCCAGGAAAGGCUAAGCAGAAGAGAUGGCUGGAUGGGUGGAAGCUAAGCUGUCUGAGGCUCAGGAUGUGGAGCAUGUCAUCUGCUAAUUGGAAGUACUGAUGGAUGCUUCAGUGGGGGGGGAAAGGGUUUCCUCAAGGUAAGAGUUUUUUUUUCACUGUCAAGGAGAAGAUGUGCUGCCCUGACACUAAAUUACUAGCAGUUGGUAUGUGACCAUGUUGUGUGCCAAGAGAAUUCAGUUGUGUCAUAACAAACCUUUUUUUUUAAAAAAAAUCAUAACAAUACUUGUCUACAUUCCACCCAUAGCAGCAGCCAAACAGCCACAUCAGACCAUUUCUGAUGAGGCUUCAGUGAACGGUAGUUGAAUCAACUGCAGGACCAUAUGUACCGGAUCUUUCAGGUCAUGUGUGAGGUGCUGUAUUUUUAACCAUUUCUUAAGGAUAAACUUCCAGACACUGGUCAUCUGCUGUAGAUAGGGUUUUUUUUUUAGGCCUGCCAGCUCUUCUUUUCUCCUCUACUUGCACAGGUUUCUCCAGUUUUUUACGACACACUGCACAUACUGACAUAUACCGAGUUUUUAGCUAAUAGCUCUUUGGAAAUCACCUUAUUGGUGCAAAAUCUUAAUUUUAUCCUGUCAAACUGUGUUAUCAUUGCCAUUUUUUAAAACAGAUUUAACUACAGGGAUGUAAAAUGAUGAUUUUGCAACAGGCUAGCCACUUGGUGCAAGUGCCUAAAAAUACAAAUACUAAAAAUUGGUUCUUUGCUAAGUUGUCUGUUAUGCGUAGACACAACACUGGUUCAUCCCUCGAGUUAGAUGCCUUUUUACGUGUGAAUGUGCAAGGUUUCAAUAAAAAUUAUCUUAUCGACUGUGAUUUUUCUACCAAUCUUUAAUACACCACCUUCAAGUUAAUUGUAGGAUUUUUACCUUGCAAUAUAAUACGCCUUGAGGUGACUGUUGUAAUUUGGCACUAUAUAAAUUAAGUUGAAUUGAAUUGAAUUAUACCUACAGCUAAUUUACAACAAAUCUAAGACAAGGAGGAAGAGAUUUCCCUUGCAUUUAAUUUCACAUCCACAAAGCCUGCACUACCAUCACUGUGACUCACAGUGCCCUCACUGAAACCAGAAACUGCAUAGUCAGCCUGAUCAUGGUUGAUUUUUUUUGGGUACAUUGGUGGAACACAAUGUGUGACAAGCACACAACAGGCACUCUUUUUAUUAGUGCUUCCAAUAAACUCAAAAGUAAAAGACCCCUUUUAGCAAGAAAACAUUUUUCAAAUGCUUUAAUUAUUCCAGAAAUUUAAAAAUGUAUCCAUUGAAAUUAUUCAAAAAACAGAUUGAUUGUGUACAUCUGUAAGAAAUUCAUCCCUCUGAGCGACUCAUCCAAGUUCAUCUUGUUUCACCACUCUAUAUAUAACCAUGCAUAUUAAGCUUAACUAAAACAGAAAAAGGAAUGAUCUGAAAAACUGGACAUGGUUAUUUGCUGCGAGACAAAGUGAUCAUCUGUUACAGAUUAAAUUACAUCUUCUUUUGAUUGCUGUUUGCUUCUGUUUUGCAGAGGGUUAAAAAAAGCAUGAAAUAUCUGCUUGCAUUCUUUUUAUUGAUUUUACGGUACAUGUCAGAAGGACAGUAUAAAAGCAGGAGUCAGCCUAGGAACAGCAGCAUGUAAGAAGAAACACUAAGCUGAAGAGGACUUAGCCACAGCCAUGGAUACUCUCAAACAUCAGAAGAGGAAUACCUCAGCAACCAAAAAAUCGAAGUCUAGGAGGAACAUCAAUCACUUCACAAAUGUGCGUGGUCUGCCUUCCAUUGAGAAGAUUGUGAGGUCAGUGGAGGACACCCCCAAGCCCAUCAGCACCCAGAUCACUGGCACAAUCCCAGAGUGGAUCAAUGGGAACUUCUUGAGAAAUGGGCCAGGAAAGUUUGAGAUCGGAAACCACGAGUUCAAUCACUGGUUUGAUGGCAUGGCUCUCCUGCACCAGUUCAAAAUAUCCAAUGGGCAGGUGACUUACAAAAGCCGCUUCCUUUCCAGUGACAGCUACCAGACCAACAAGGAGCACAACCGCAUUGCGGUAUCUGAGUUUGGGACUGUAACCAUGCCAGACCCCUGUAAAAACUUCUUCCAGCGCUUCCUGUCAAGAUUUGAAUCACACAAGCCCACAGACAAUGCCAAUGUGAGUUUUGUGACCUACAAAGGUGAUUAUUAUGUCAGUACAGAAACCAAUAUCAUGCACAAGGUGGACCCUGAGACACUGGAGACACUUGAAAAGGUGGACUGGAGCAAAUUCAUUGCUGUGAAUGGAGCAACAGCACACCCCCACACUGAGCCCGAUGGUACAACAUACAAUAUGGGCAAUUCCUACACCUCAAAAGGCUCAUACUACAACAUCAUCCAAGUCCCACCAAACAAGGCAACAGAAGAAGAGACCUUGGAGGGAGCCACAGUGCUGUGCUCAAUUCCUUCCAUGGACAAGACCAAACCUUCGUACUACCACAGCUUUGCGAUGUCUGAGAACUACGUGGUGUUCAUUGAACAGCCCAUCAAGUUGAACCUGUUGAAGAUUGUGACAGGCAAGCUGAUUGGAAAAAGCAUCAGUGACAGCUUAUUCUGGGACCCGAAACUCAACACCACCUUCCAUGUGAUCCACAAACACACUGGAAAGGUAAGUUCUAUCAAGUAUCUUGCCAAGCCAAUGUCAACCUUCCAUCAGAUCAAUGCAUUCGAGGAGGAUGGCUUCUUGAUCAUAGACUUGUGUGCGUCAGAUGAUGGUCAGGCAAUCACAAACUACAACAUCCAGAACAUGCGUAAGUCUGGAGAAGCUCUUGAUGAGGUAUACAACACCUUGUGCAGAGUCUUUCCUCGUCGUUUUCUGCUGCCUCUCAAGGUGGGCCGCGACACACCCUACAACCAGAACUUGAUUACCCGGCCAAACAGCACAGCCACUUGUGUAAGGAUUUCCAAGAACAAGGUGUUCUGUACCCACGAGGAUCUCCAUGGGGAGGAUCUCCAUGAAUAUGGAGGUCUGGAGUUUCCUCAGAUAAACUAUGCGAAAUUCAACACCCAUCCCUACCGCUACUUCUAUGGCUGUGGCUUCAGGCACCUUGUAGGGGACACCCUGAUUAAGAUGGAUAUCCAUGGAAAGCUCAUGAAGGUGUGGGAACAUCCUGGUCUGUAUCCAUCUGAGCCAGUCUUUGUUCCCUCCCCUAAUGCUACAGAGGAGGAUGAUGGUGUCAUCAUGUCUGUGGUCAUCACUCCAGACAAGGACAAGAGUACAUUCCUUCUGGUUUUAGAUGCCAGCACAUUCAAGGAGCUGGGCAGGGCUGUGGUACCUGUCAACAUCCCCUAUGGCUUCCAUGGGACAUUCAAUGCCAAAGCUUAGACAUGUGAUGAAUGCACAUCUUUUAGCAUAAGGCUUUUUUGUUUUCAGAGUUGAAGCUUAAGUUUCUAUGUACAGUAGAAAUCGCACAAAUCAGAUUUUCACUCCAGUUGGAUGGCUUCUGCAGGUCCCAAUUUUUCCUAACGUUAAUUCCAAUAAAUCAGAUCAUCUAAAUCGGAUCAUACAAGUUGGAUUUUCGCCUACCUUGGAUGAAGAAUCUGGUCCCAGUGCAUUGCAUUUCCAAUUAAAUAUGAUCACAUAAGUCAGAUGAGUUUAGCGUCCAUGCACUACAACACACUAACAAUGCAUGGAGUGUUUAUACAGUCACGUGAUGUCUGGAUUGGCUGCACUGCGUGAAUCAGUUCAUUUCACUGGAGACAAUCAUGGCCAGUGUAGGAGUCAAACUGAUAUUUUUUAGAAUCAGAUUUUAUCUGACUUAUAUAUAAGAUGGAUUUUUUACAAGUCACUUUUUACAAAUUCCACGGGCCAUUUGAAUCUGACUUAGGCGAUUUCUAAUGUAGUCGCUGUUGAAAUUAAUUGAACUAUUGUCUAUUGUUUUCCUUUACUGUAGCUAUCAAAAUAAAGGCAAAAUGACUGGAAAUACAUCUUAAAAAGAAAGAAUAUUUACACUUCAUUUACAUUUUCACUUCAAGGGCUGUGGAUGUUUAAAAAGGUGAGUGGGGGCAGGAUAUGUGCCAAAACAAAUGUUGGGUUUUUCAUUUCUGCCAUUCUACACAUUGUUACCGCUAUUACAGCUCAGCAAAACUGAACUUAUGACACAGAAAUAAACACUUAUAAGGAAAGGCACACUUUGGCACAGCACACACACACGCUGGAGAACACUAACUUUAAAAUGUUCAGUUUCAAAAACCUGCAUGAAUCACCGAGUCUGUCCAUGAAAGAUGCAUGUGAACAUCUGGUAGCAAUAUUUAUUCUAAUCAAUGUUUGGGGGCACCGCGAGAGUACUGAAGUGGACAAAACACUGCAGCAAAGCUUUGUAUAAACAUUUUAUUUUCUCU